AUGACAUGCACUCAGUUGAAUAUGGGGAACACGCCUGUUCAGAACUUCAGCUGGAAUAUCUACGAACAUGCACACCAAGUUCAAGAUAUUAUGAAUGCUCGGCUACAGAGCUUUGACUGUUUAUGUGGAUGGUUCGACGGACUUGAAAUGAUUACUAGACAAAAAUAUUUUAAGUCUCUCUUUAUGAUGGGAUACCAAGUAGAAGCGCUAUGUGAAAGCUAUAACAGAUUGAAAAGAGAAGUUUACAUUUUGUUAUGCACGUUUCAUAAUUUUGACUCCAAUAUCGCGGUGUUUAAUGCAGUGAUGGUUUUUACUUUCGAAAAAAUGCAUGGUAAUAACAACCAAAAACAUAAGAACAUCAUUGCUGCAUUUAGUAGUACCAGAAUAGAUUUACGAACAAAGAUGUUGAUAAUAGCACGGUACAUCCUGUUCAUAGGGAAGGCAAUCAGUGUUAGAAUAGGAGUUUUAUCAGGAGUCAACGUUACAAAUGGAGUUUCAACAAGCAUGCAAAUGCCUAAAUGGCAACAAACAGAAGAAGUAGCAAACGAUGGAAGUACCGGUACAAAUCAAAAAUGUGAGAUGUUUUAUCGCAAUAUAUUCAUCAAACCAGCUUAUGAUUUGAUGCAAGAAGUGAAAAAAGAAAA